ACUUUAACUUGUACAGCGAGAUCCCAGAGUUGGCGAAUACGUCAUCAGUGCGAGACGAAGCGUGCGAGCCUGUGAAGGACGUCGAGGAGAAGCCUGUGACGAAGAGGACCCUGUUAUGAUGGCGCUGUCGUGUCUAACUCGAGCCCUGCGCUCCCUCACUCUCUCCCAGCCUGCUCUGCUCUCCUCGCAGGCUAUUGUGCAGACCCGACUGGGGACUCAGGGGCCCAAGGCGGUCGGACAGUGCAGGGGCUUCUUAACCACAGCCUAUGUGGAGCAGAACAGGACCCUAUGGAAGCAGACGGAGAAGUACACCAUCAAGCCCAUGGGAAUGAAGAAGACUGGAGGCCGAGACCGCUCGGGAAGGAUACGGACUCAUGGGAUCGGCGGAGGCCACAAACAAAGAUACCGGUGCAUCGACUUUCAGCGACUGCGCUAUGAACCAAACAAAGAUGCGCAGCCCUUUGAAGAGAAAGUGGUAGAGGUGCGAUACGACCCGUGCAGGUCGGCUGACAUUGCCCUGGUUGCUGGAGGCAACCGGAAGAGGUGGAUUAUUGCAACGGAGAACAUGCAGGCUGGAGACGUCAUUAAAACAUCUGGCAUUAUUGGACACAUGGCAGUCUCGGCCAAUGAGGGUGACGCGCACCCACUGGGAGCUCUUCCUGUGGGGACACUGGUGAACAACCUCGAGAUACAGCCAGGGAAAGGGUCAGAAUACAUUCGUGCUGCAGGCACAAGUGGCAUUUUGCUCCGGAAAGUCAACGGGACGGUAAUCCUUCAGCUUCCUUCGAAGCAGCAGGUUCAAGUGCUGGAAACCUGCAUGGUAACAGUGGGACGCGUGUCCAACAUCGACCACAACAAACGGAUCAUUGGCAAAGCUGGGCGUAACCGCUGGCUCGGCAUUCGCCCCUCGAGUGGCCUGUGGCAGAGGAAGGGAGGCUGGGCAGGACGCAAGAUCAAACCGCUGCCCCCGAUGAAGGUUUACGUCAACCUGCCCUCCAUCUCAGCCCAGUAACACUGGUCAUGUUAUGGACUGGAAAUUGACAACUUGUUUUUGUUUUUUUGAUCAUCACAAUAAAGUCGAGUAUUUAUUCCGGAGAGGAAAUCUGAAUAAAGAUGAGCCGUUUGUACAGAA